GUUCCCAGAGGACAGGAAGAGCGGCUGGGAUGCACCAAGUCAGAGAAGCUCCCCUAGGCCCCAUCCAAACCUGCUGCCCCCUGAUACUGCCGUGAAAUACCCUAGAGCAAAGGGGAAAGGGUCCCAGGGGCCGGGCGACUUCCCCUGCCCUGGGUGCAGCAAGGCCUUCCCACUGCAGCGCAUGCUGACCCGCCACCUGAAGUGCCACAGCUCGGUCAAGAAGCACGUCUGCCGAUACUGCGGCAAGGGCUUCAACGACACUUUCGAUCUGAAGAGACACACGCGGACCCACACCGGCAUCCGCCCGUACCGCUGCCACGUCUGUGCCAAGGCCUUCACCCAGCGCUGCUCCCUGGAGUCCCACCUCCGCAAGAUCCACGGGGUGCAGCAGAAAUACGCCUACCGCGAGCGGCGUGCCAAGCUCUUCGUCUGCGAGGAGUGCGGCUUCACCUGCGCGGCGGGCGACGAGUACGAUGGCCACGUGCGGCGGCUCCACCCCGGCACCUCCCUGCUGCGCAAGUACCUCGGCAGGCAGCCCGCCGCCUCCCUCCACUUCCUCCUCUACCCCAGCGGCCAUUACGCCUGAGGCUGGGCCCAGAGCCUCUCGUGCAGUGGGACCCCCAGCACCAGUGCAUGCAGGGAUCCCCCAGCAAUCCGGUCAAGGGGAUAGCUAGCCACCCGACAGGGCUAGUAAGCAUUGUUCCCUACCAGCCAAGCCCUUCCUCAGGGACAAGAAUCCACUGGGCUGAUGGGAUCCCUGUAAUCACUGAGUCAGGCCUCUGUAUAACACAGGCACUAGGGCUGCCUGGAAUUGGUUCCUGCUUGACGGAGAGCAGACCUCUUAGAAAAACAGCCCGUGUGGGAGGCUGUCACAGCCCUCCAUCACAUACAGUGGCUGAUUCGCCUCCCUGUCGAUAAUACAGUAGUGAAGAGACACUUCCCAGAGCAUUUAAGUGCUACUGUUUUAUACCAUUUAAUCAGCUAAGUCUUCAGCUUCUGUCCCUGGUUGUGCCCUUAGAGGGUUAGCCUCAAAUUUAAGGUCAGAAGGGACUGCCCCGAUCAGCUCAGCCGACCUCUGCAUAUCACAGCCCCCCAGGGACCCGGAUUAGGCUAACGGGAGCCUACCCUGUUGUGUGCCACAGGCAGAGAACAGGAGGGAGGGAGGUUUGUAGCUUUGCGAUGCGGAGUGCCACUGCCAAAAUGCCCACCAAACUUGUCUUGUGCCCUGUAUCUGCCUCCUCUUCCCAGCCUGAAUUGCAUUAGUGCCCAUGUUUGGUAUAAAGAAAAGGAGGACUUGGGGCACCUUAGAGACUAACCAAUUUAUUUGAGCAUAAGCUUUCGUGAGCUACAGCUCGGAUGCAUCUGAUGAAGUGACCUGUAGCUCACGAAAGCUUAUGCUCAAAUAAAAUUGGUUAGUCUCUAAGGUGCCACAAGUCCUCCUGUUCUUUUUGCGAAUAUAGACUAACAUGGCUGCUACUUUGAAACAUGUUUGGUAUAAUUCUCAGGUCUAAGUUAGAGCCAGGCCUUGCCACUGCUUGGAAUAAAUGCCACAGACACAAAUCUGGAGCAGGCCACCCCAAGAACUGGUUUCCUUUAAUUGCUGGAUUCAUCCCACUUCCAGCCUGGCUGCCCUUGAGCAGCUCCCUGCAGUUCUACCUACCACAGGAUGUGCUGGUAGGGGGCAGGACCUCAGGGUGGCUGGGUGGAGCUGGGGUUGGACAUUCCCAUAUGCAACAGGAAAUGCAGAGAAUUCACAGAGGUGGAAUGUAAUUAUCCUGGUUUGGAUCAAGCCAGGACAAACUUACCACGCUAAUUCCAUGGAAGCUCUAAUGAUAAUGUAGAGCACGGUGA